CUUCUCCGUUCGAUCCAGUGAAGCUCCUACACUUCUCGACAUGAACAGCCGUGCGCAAAAGCAUGCGACCAUGCUCACCGAGGGUGGCAACGUUUCGCCCCUCGAGAAGGCUCGGAAAUGGUUUGAUAUCACGAGCUCAGAAGACUACGAUGGUCACGAUGCUAUUUUGUCCAAAAUUCUCCAGCUCGAGUCGGUCACGUGUCAGCCAACGAGCACCAGUCCUCAUGAUUCCCGUACAGUCUUCAGUUUCACUGUCCCCCGGCGCUUGUGCAAUAUGGCCGGCAGUCUUCACGGCGGCGCCGUUGCGUUGAUAUUCGACGUCACAACAUCGACAGCCAUUACAGCUUGUAGUCGUCCGGGGUUUUGGGACACAGGCCAUGUAUCCCGUAAUCUCAACUGCACUUAUUUAAGACCGGCACCCGAAGGGGCAAAAGUCUUUGUUGAGAGCUGGGUUGUGCAUUUAGGUAAGCGCAUGGGACACACAAUGGCAACAAUGAGGUUGGACGCGGAAGACGGCAAAGUCUGCUAUACAUGUGAGCACGGUAAGGCAUCAGUGGGUUCGUCGAGCCUGUGAGCGUGUCUAGGUCUGUCAAGUUAUGUAGUGUUGGUGCUCACAACGAAGCGGCCAACAGAGCAAUAUGCAACCAGCAAGCGGCUGUGGACGAAACGGCGCAGGAUCUACUGUAGUGUUGUUUCUAGGCCGCUGUACAUUACUUUGAAUUAGAAAUAGCCUGAGCAGAGUUCAUGUAUUCCCAUGAACGCUGUGGGUGGUGCGGGUGCGCAGCUUCAACCGCCUUGCAGCUGACAAGGAUAUCCGUCGUCGCCAAGACAUAGCAUG